AUGGAGUUUCUGAGCGAGAAGUUCGCCCUGAAGAGCCCGCCGAGUAAGAACAGCGACUUCUACAUGGGCGCAGGAGGCGCGUUGGAGCACGUUAUGGAGACGCUGGACAAUGAGCCCUUUUACAGCAAAGCGUCGGCAGGCAAAUGCGUGCAGGCCUUCGGGCCGCUGCCCAGAGCCGAGCAUCACGUGCGUCUCGAGAGGACCUCGCCCUGUCAGGACAGCGGCGUGAACUACGGAAUCACCAAGGUGGAAGGACAGCCGCUUCACACGGAACUGAACAGAGCUAUGGACAACUGCAGCAGUCUCCGAAUGUCUCCUGGGAAAGGGAUGCCGGAGAAGGGAGAGCUGGAUGAACUCGGGGACAAAUGUGACAGCAACGUGUCCAGCAGUAAGAAGCGGAGACAUCGAACCACCUUCACCAGCCUGCAGCUGGAGGAGCUGGAGAAAGUCUUUCAGAAGACCCAUUACCCGGAUGUUUACGUCAGGGAGCAGCUGGCUCUGAGGACGGAGCUCACGGAGGCCAGGGUCCAGGUUUGGUUUCAAAAUCGAAGGGCGAAGUGGAGAAAAAGGGAACGUUAUGGCCAAAUACAACAAGCUAAAAGCCAUUUUGCUGCCACCUAUGACAUAUCAGUUUUGCCAAGGACUGACAGCUACCCACAGAUUCAGAACAAUUUGUGGGCAGGAAAUGCAAGUGGUGGUUCUGUGGUGACAUCAUGCAUGUUGCCACGUGACACUUCCUCCUGUAUGACACCUUAUUCUCACUCGCCUCGGACAGAUUCCAGUUACACAGGCUUUUCAAACCACCAGAAUCAGUUCAGCCACGUGCCCCUCAACAACUUUUUCACUGACUCUCUUCUUACCGGGGCUACCAAUGGACAUGCAUUUGAGACAAAGCCAGAGUUUGAAAGAAGGUCUUCCAGUAUCGCAGUUCUUCGAAUGAAAGCCAAGGAGCACACUGCCAAUAUUUCAUGGGCCAUGUAA